UUUUGUUAUUAUUCAUUUAAUAUUUUGCAAAUUAAUUAUUAAGAUUCCAUCAAUCAGUAGUAAACAAACAAGCAAGCAGUCCAAUAAAAUAAUUAGGAAUUAAAAUUAUUGAAAUAGAAAUAGCAUAUAGCUUAAUUCUAGAUACUCUAAAAAUACUAUUCAUUAUAGUUAUAUGAAUUAAUAAGGGGAAGAAGGCAGAAUUGUUUUGAAUAAUAGAUCUUCAGGUUCAAACGGAAACAAUAAUUUGGGUAAUAAUGCAAAUAACAACAAUGAAGGAGGAAAUGUACUGCCAGCUUUACCAAAUUCAGGACUUACUCCUAAAUAAACAGCAAAGAAAACACCACCAAUGUAAAUGACAUAGUAGGCUCUUCCAGAUAUACAAAUUUCAUGUUAAACUACACAACCUAAUACUAACAGUAACAUAAAUGGAUUAUAAUUAGGUUAGAAUUCUUAAUUUAAUCUUAGCGAUAACAGAUCAUGUAGAUCAAUUAGCUCAAAUAACACUCACCAAGUAACUAAUGGAAAUAAUAAUAAAAGCCAGCUAUAUGGAUUUUAAUAGCAAAAUAUUAACUUAAAAGUAAAAGAACUCUAGCAAACAAAUCCUAAAAAAUCAGUUUAUAAUUAAGAGGAUUUGAGAUAACUUUUAGAAUUGUUUAAUUCUUUUGACUUGCAACAGAUUGGAUUGAUUACAAUAAAUUACUUGCAUUAAAUUUUGUUUAAACUCCAAAAAGAAACGACCCAAAUUGAUGAUAUAAUUAUGAGAAUUGCAAUAACAAAAGAAGGAUAUGUAUCUUUUGAUGAAUUUUUGGCUAUAUUAACUGAAAUAGAAAAAAAUAGUGGAAAUGGAAAGAAAAGUAAAAGUUAUCCAAUUUAAGCAGAUCCUAAAGUAGUAGAGUUCUUAAGGUUACUUGAUGAAUACAGGAAAAAAUGUGAAAACGAUGGAAAUUAUUCAGAAGCAAAGAAAGCUCAUUUAAAAAUACUUGAAAUAAAAUAAAAAGAAUAACUUAGACAGAAAAAUAAUUUAAGGUUUAUGUAGGAGGAAGAAUUAGUUAAUAUUGAAUAGCUGUAGAAAAAUUAAUUUGAAGAAUUUACAAAGGCUUGGGAUAAUUACAUGGCCGAAUAUGAGGCAACAGCUUAUUUAUCCUUAGAAAAGCUAAAAGAAAAGCAUUUGAAGGAAAUAGAAGAAUACACAAAUGAAAUAAGAUAAGAUCUCUUUUCUAAGAUAAAAUAUUCAAAAUAGCUCAUAGAAAUGAGACACAAAGAAAAAAUUUUAGUAAAACUAAAGUAAUAUAACGAUGCAGAGAAGAUAAAAUAAAAAGCAGACUCCAUAGAAGAUUAUGAAAGAAAAUAAAAAGAAGCAGAAAUUGAAGAAAAAAUUGAAAUGAAGGUCUCUAUACUAAGAAAAAACUAAUCAUAGGUUUUGUAAGCUCUACUAAAGAGAAUUUAAGCAGAUAGAACUCAUCAGUUAAAAUAAAGAUAGCAAGAUUCAAACAGGCUUAUCAUGAAAAAUAGAAAUAUAAGGAAUGAAUUAGUUCAUAAGCACAACAACGAAGUUAAAAAGGCAGUAGAUAUUCUAAAAGAAAAUUUGCAUUUCCAUGAAAAUUAAUUGGAAAAUUUAAAAAAGCAUUUUAGAAAUGCAUAAAAUAACCCAACUGAAAAAGAAAGGAGAUAAAUCACCACAGAAGAGAAUUCUUUGUAUAAACCUGAAACCAAAACCACAUAAUAAAAUUCUAAGGAAAACAAUCAUCUAGAAAGAAAUAAAAGAAGCACAAGCCUUUAGCAAAACACAAAUAAUUUAAGUAAUUUUUAAAUCAAACCCACAAAUCCUUCAUCGGUUACAAACAGAUAAAAACCAAGAAAUAUAAGUGUGAAUGGAAGAAAAUAUCGAUAAAAUAAUGGUUCUAACGACCGAAUAAACUAAACAUUCAACUAAUGAGAUAUCAUAAUAAAAGAAAUUAAUAAUUCAAAGAUUAAAGAGAUGUUGAUUAAGAUAAAAAUCCACCUAAGAGAUAUUUAGCAAAAAAUACUUCCUUAUGUAUAAGGCAAAUAGAAAAUUUUAAUUGAAGAGAAAAGUAUUGGAGUUAUGUAUGCCCUCUUAAUAUAUAUAUCAAAUAAAAAAAUGGAUUACUUUAUUUCAGAAUAUUAAUUAAAAACCUUAAUAAAAAUAAUAAUUUUAAAAGUUAGUAAAAAUGU